GUUCUCUUGUUAUUGCCGGAAGUGUCAAGUCUUGCGCCGCGUGUUGAAUGAAAAACGUAAUCUCACUGUUUAUUGAAGUCGUAAAAUUUCACUUUCCUCGUAAAACAAACACGGAGCCCCUGCAAACUUCCCCGGUACUUUUCUUCCUCGCCUGUCUGCUCGCUGCUUUUGUGGAGGGUCGUCUGGAGAUGUGCACGCAGACUAAAGCAGCGGCUCUCAUGGCCAACAUCCCGCGGGCUGACAUCGACCCGUCCGGGGUGUUCAAGUAUGUGCUGAUCCGGGUGCACAGCCGGGAGGAGGGCGAUGACUCUGAGAUAGACAUCGUGCGGGGGUACGCCUGGGCAGAGUACCACGCGGACAUCUACGAGAAGGUGUCAGAGGAGCUGGAGAAGGGCAGUGUUCUGGACUGUGAGUGCAUCGGAGGAGGACGCAUCAGACAUGAACCAGAGGCCAAGAAGAUCCACGUCUAUGGAUACUCCAUGGGAUACGGCAGGGCGAACCACGCAGUCACCACAGAGAAGCUGAAGGAGCGGUAUCCUGACUACGAGGUGACCUGGUCCAACGAAGGAUACUGAAGCCUGUAGGGGACAAACUUCAUAAUGGCCUCACACAGUACUCAUCCACAGUACUGACCAUUACAACUGCCAAAAUAACAAGACAGCUUAAGUGAAAGAUGAACUUUAAUUGAAAAUGUAACACAGAAAAACUUUUGUUUUUAAUAAAAUGAAAAUUUAAGUUGUUUAGCUGAAUAAUGUCAAGGACAAAAUACAUAGGAUAAAUAGAGUACCAAUGUUCUAUGUCAUAGUAGUGUAAUUGUUCAAAUAAAUCACUUGGCAUUGAUAAAUCUUAGUGUAAGAAGUGGGAAUGUGUUUUUUAAUCAUUUACUUUAACAUGAUUGUUGAUAUUUGUGUUAUGUUUUGUAGGGAGGCAGCCAUCCAGCUUUUUCAGUUCUGAUACUGACAUCAAAAUUUAAACAAACAUUAUGAGAUGUUCUAGGCCCAAACAAUUCUGUAAAUAGUCUUAUUACAAACGAUUAAAGACUCAACUAUCCCUAAUAUUUUGGCAGUUGUUAGAGCUCAUUGUAAGCUCCAAACACAAGUGGGAUAUAACCAAACUCAUGUCAGUGCACUAUAUAUCACUGUGAUUCUGAUGGUGACUUGUUAUAGAGUUAUUGACCAGAACCAUUUUGAUGAGAAAUUAAAAUGUGUGUACUUCAAAAUCUAAAGUUUUCUAUCAUGUCAGUUUAUUGGAUCAACUUUUUCAUUUUAUUCAAGUGUGUCUGAAGCCGCUUUAAAAAUGUCUACUCUGUAUCGUUACUCAUUACACAUUACAGGACCUGGUUACUUUGAAGCACAUGUUCAUAUACAGUUCAUCUUCACCAGCACUAGGUAUUUGGGCUUAAGUAACUUGGUUUUGUGAUGGGACAUUAGGGGGCCACGUCUACUGCAUUACCACUGAACUUUCUAUGUACCACAGGCAGUUUUAGAGAUAUCUUCACCCAGUUAUCCAGUUCAUUGUCCCAUCAACUUUUGAAAACUAAGUGUUGAUCACUAAAAGUAAGAAGCAAGUAAAUUUAGUUUGAAUGGCACUUUUAAAAAAAAUUAUAUAUUAAAUUGUACACAUGAAAAAGCUAACACUUGUCUCAGAUGUUGACUAAAUGUACGAUUCUAUAAUUAGAGGCAUAUUUCAUAUAUUUCCUGGCUGUAUUUAUCAAUUGUACUGUUAUUUCCUUCCAUCAUCCCCGCUUUGGGCAAAAUUAGCAUUAUUGUUGCAGAAUCACUCAAUAUGGAGUAAAUGGCAUUUUUUAAGUUUCAGUUAAUGUAUAAGAUCCCUAUUUUAGUAGAAAAUUUUGGUUUGUAUAACAACCUAAAUGUAAGAAAAGACUCACUUCAGAGUUUUAAACGUUUGUGUUCAUUAUUUGUGUAUCUAAUAUUUGUAUCUAAUGUGCUUGUCCCAAAAAAAUUUGUCAACUGGGUAGCGCCUUGGAUAAUAAAAUAUAACGAAGACAGCUGC